CUGGCGGAAUAACCUGAGUGUGCUGCAGGAACCUUUUACCAAAUAUUUUAACAAUUUGUACGUCAUGUAAGAUAGUCACAGGACGUGCACUUGGGUAGAUAGCUUCAGGAUAGAUAUAGGUUUUGUUGGCUCUGUGAAGUCUACCAUUGAGAAAGAUCUAGUCCUGCAUCAUCCAUUGCAACCAUCGACUGUUGAAUUGCUGUCAUGCCUAUGGAAAAUUAAAUGCGAAUAUUUAGAAGUAUGAGUGGGCGAAGUGGUCUGGUUGGAUCUGGUGGUACAUCACUAAGUGGUUCAGGUGCUCCAUGUGACAUCAGUAACCAACCAAUGGACUUGGCUCAGAAAACUGUUGCAAGAUCCCUGGAAUCGGGUGGCAUAGUCAAGAGUGGAGGAACCACAUUAGUCCAUUAUACAACUGGAGGAGUUGCCCAGAUAUUAACAACAAGUGGAGCUACUGCACAUGUUGUUACAGCUAAGCCUGUGGGCAGAACAGAAAGUAUGGGUGUUGGUGGACAAACUGUUACUCUGGUUUCACGUACCUCUGGCCCACCAACGGCCCUCAACUUAGCCUCCCCAGGACCUGGUGGUGGGAGUGGCCCAUCUGUGCGGACAGUGUCUCAUCCUGUAGGCACCUCUGCUAAUAGUGCCAUUGUGACCUCUUCUUCACCCGCUCAUCUAGCUUAUCAUAUUCCACGAGGAGCAGCAGCUGUGGCAAAUAUGUCGGCCCCAAGGUCACAAACUGUAGCCACACCCAUUGUGAGGACAACAGGGCAGCCCCUUGGCCAGCCAGGUUCUAAUGUUACUGGACCCCGUUGCAAUGUGGUAGGACAGCGUGUGGUGCCUGUAUCAACUAGUGGAGGAUGUUAUCGUGGUGCACCGUCCCCUGCUCACACUGGCAAAGUUAGCCCUGCCAUUCAUCCUAAUGUCACUGGAACUAGUUUAAGUCUUGGAGUAGCACGAGGUUCCAUGCCUGUGCCGCGGCCUGGGCAGCCACCUGGAUCCAUAACCACUUAUCAUGCUGGAGGAAGGCCUGCCGGGGUGCCUAGUGGACCCAUUAGGGGAGCUGGAGGCACCACCAUGAGAGGGAUGGUGACUGGGGAAGGACCGAGGGGAGCAGGUCCUAAAGCUGUUCACAUCACACAACCUAUAGUCCAGCCACAGAAAUACGGAACUAGUAUGGGUGCUGUGAUGAGCAGUGGAGGUCGUGGUGUGGUGCCAGGACCAGGAGCAACAGCUUGUUCUACUGGUGCAAUUUACACAGGAAACCCACUGGUCACCACCAUGGCUGGGCCUGGUCUUAACACCCAGGGUACUAUGAGAGCACAACCACCUCCGGCCAUUGUUAGAAUUACUACUGCAUCCAAUCCCACGUCUACAUCAUCAUCAAUUACAUCACAAGCUGGUACAAAUAUUGGAGCAAUAGCAAUGACUUCCCCUUCUGGUCAAACACCGGGUGCCAUUUUGACACAUCAUCCUACCAUGCAGCGGACACAUCAGGACCAUCAUGUCCCUCUCAAAACACCCAUUGUGCGAACACCUGUAGCUGCACAUCAGACAAACAAACCAAGUGUUCAGGCCCAGACUGUUACAUUUUCUGAUGGCCCAAAAGUGAUCACACAGCCAGCACAGGGACCACCUCUGGCUUUGGCUCAGAUCUCUGGCUUGGCUGGUGUAGCUACCCAGAAGGCUCAGGUCAACACUCACACAGUUCAGCAGCAACAUUCUACCAGUGUUCAACACAGAGGUGGAAGUGUUGUAGGUGGUGGUGUAGGUCGUGUCAUGGGUGGAGCAGCAAUACCAGUGGCCAAAGUUCUUCCUCAGCAAGCCACAACACCCUCCCAGGGACCAAUAUCAGUAGCCACUACACCAAGGCCAUCUCACGGACAAGUACGGGCACAGUCCCCAGGUCAGGCAGCUGAUGGUCAACCUGCUCACACUAGUGUGUUCUUGCAUCGUGCUCAUGCUGGUGUUACAGUAACUAGUGGUGUUACAGUGGGCCAGGGAGAGCGAGUAGUGACAACAAUGCCACAGUACAGCAUUACACCACCUUAUUACUAUGAACAAGGACAGAACACUUACCAGGUUGGUGGAACAACUCUAGUGCCUCACACCUUAAGUUCCACACACUAUGUUCCUGCCAGUAUGCAAGGUGGAGGUUUGCGUGUAACAGCUGGACCAUCUAAUACAAAUAUGGCUGGUGGUGGGGGAGUAAAUGGGCCAGGACAAAUAGGAGAAGCUCAAGUUACUCAAGGGAAUGUGCCAAUGCCUUCUAUGAAACCCAAUUCAUCUCCCAGACCAUCUAUUUUAAGAAAGCGACCAGAUAAUGAUGGAAUUCCAUUGAAAGCAACCAAAAACUUGACUGCAGCACUCUCCUUGCCCAUGCCUUCCCCUCCAUCUCCUAAACGACCAGAUUCACGGGGUAAUGGAAAUGCAUCUUCUGGCUCCACAACCAUAUCUGCUAAUUCUUCACCUGACUCUUCCUUAUCAGGUCUUCAAAUAGAAGAACUAGAUGGCAACACAGCACCGGGGAGUGGCAGCGGCACUCGAACCCCUCCGGGAAUCAAACAGGAGCCGCCAGAGGAUGCUACAGUUGUGCUUCCAAGACCACCAUCACACUCCAUUUCUGCUACAGAUAGUUCUGGCCAUUUGACAGCCACUAUCACUACUACCACACUAACAGUGCCACAACCACAUCUCUCUGUCACUGGUUUGCACGGGGCUGCUCAAAUUUUAGCUGAUGGGCUCUCGCCAAGGAAAAAACCCAGGAAGCAACAAUUAAUGGGUAAUGAACUGCAGGAAGCCCGUUCUAGUGAGGAUGACAUGGACCAUCCACCACUCAAGAAAAACAAGAGGGAGUUGGCUGAAGACCAUCAAGAUUUGGAAGGGAGUGAUGAUGAAGGUGGCGGUGGUUGGUCAGAGCCAGGUGGUGGGAGCAGUGGUGGAAGCUGUGGUGGAGGUGGUAGUGGUGGUAACACAGUCAAUACCACUGUAGUCCUCACUAACAGACCCACAAUGUCUCUGUUAAGUAGUUUUCGCCAAACUUGGAAGCCCCGACAUAACCACUUUAUUAGACAUACUGAUGUUAAACCAAAAGAUGAGAAAAGAAUGACAGUAAAUGAAAUCGCAAACCAGAAGAUGGCACUUCAGCGAGUUAAUGGAUGGAAGAUUGUUCAUUUAUCGGGUCAAGUAGACGACUUAGUGGAAUUGGAAACCGAAGUGGUUGAUCGCCUUCAUAUGCUCCUCGGGUCACUAGAAAAACGAACUCACCCAAGGAAACCAUACAAGGACUUUGAAAAAGAUGUAAAUCGACUGUCUGAGUUAGUGAAAGCCAACAUUCAACGAUCAAAAAUAAUUAAAGAUCAGAUGACAGAAGCAAGAUCACAAAUGAACAAACUUUUUGACCAUAAAGGUAAGAUUGUGGACAUUAUGACCAAAUAUAGCAGUAAACGGAGUGUUCGGAAGAAAGAAAAAAGUUGAACUUGGAUAACCAAUUCACAAAAGUAAGAUUCUAAAUUAUUAGUUUUAAGAGUAAAGUAUUAUCAGAGAGUAUUUUUAUUAUUCUUUGAGCAGUCAUGUUCAUGAGAGAGACUAUCAUACCCAGAAUGAUCCCUACUUAUUUAUUAGGACAUGGUAAAACUUAAGACUAUUGGAUAUUUUUAUCGUACAUUAUGGAGACAGUUCCCACUUGUCUAAUCUAAUAUUGUAUCAGUGACAUUACUAAACCAUUACCUAUGAAAUAAACUACCAAUUUUCUUAUCUUGUGACCAUUGUCAAGUGUAUAAUUUUCAAGAAAAGAAUGGGACUUUUGGACUAACUAUUUACAAGUACGAGUAAUUGAGUGGUACUGAAAAAGGCAUGAAAAUUAUAGAAGCAUGGAGGCCACCAAUGCUGCCGUUAAGCAGUACCGCGGUGAAGUUUUAAAUUGUCUAUGCCUUCUUGAAGCUCAUGGCUUACAGGGUUUUCAAGAUUUUAUUGGUUGCAAUCUUGUUGACAUUUUGUGUGUGUUAAAAUUUACAAUUCAGCAUUGACUUCUUAAAUACUCAUGAAAGUUAACAUAAAUUUGUUGUCUGUACCUUAAAACUAAUUUAGUAUGUCUAAUUACUUUUAAGUGCUUACUCAGUGAUGAUGAAGUUGCUAAGUGCAAAGUUGAAGUACAUUAAGAAAGGUAACUGAAAACAUCCAUUAAUUUUUAAAGCUGUAGAGUCAUCUUCUGGGGAAAAAAUCAGUACACCACUUUUGGUUUUGGAAUAUUGAAAAAUCCUUUGUUUCUGGGACCAUUUGACCUCAUUAAUGAAUUUGGAAUUUAUCUUACUGACAUGUCAUAGCCUGGCUUGUGGCCAAGAUAAUCCUGUUUUCAUUCAUCGGGGUCUACAGGUUGCAACCUGGACUAAUUCUCAUACAGUACUUUGAUGGCUGGCUCUGACUUAACCCCUUAAUUAUGGCUUUUUUUUUUUUACGUGGACUAUUUGUUCUGACGGAGAAAGAUUAGAGAUUUUAAAAAUUGGUAAAAUUGUAAAAAGGAUAAAAUUGCCUCUCUGAAUACAAUGGUGUGAUGAGAUUUGAUGUAGUACACCUAAUGAGAGCCCUGUGGGCCAGCUUUGGACAUGUUUUUAUUAUUGAAUCAUUAUUAUAUUCUCGUAUGAUCUGGCUCUUAUGCUGUACAAUUUAUCAUAAGUAAUAUGACAUCUUCAAUACAGGUAAUAUAAAAAAUAUAAUAUAUAAUUUGUAAUCUGACCCGAGAAUAAAAGGAUAAGUUGUA